GCCCGGCGGGGCCGCGGCGGCGGACGGGGCAGGGCCGGGCCGGAGCCGCGGAGCGGCGGCAGCGCCAUGGGGCUGGAGACGGAGAAGGUGGACACCCGCAUUUUCAUGGACGACGACAGCUUCCCGCGGAGCGGCGGGCCCGCGCUCUCGGAGGCGGAGAAGUGCGCGGAGGACGAGCUGGACCGCGACCCCCACGGGAUGAACGCCCACCUUCAGCUGGGGUUCGAGGAUGUGAUCGCGGAGCCCGAGCUCACCCACUCCUUCGACAAAGUCUGGAUCUGCAGCCACGCUCUGUUUGAGCUCAGCAAGUACGUGAUCUACAAACUCCUGACGCUGGUUCUUGCCAUACCCCUGGCCCUGGUCGUGGGGAUCAUCUUCGCGGCGCUCAGCUGCCUGCACAUCUGGAUUGUGGUGCCUUUUGUGAAAACCUGUCUCAUGGUCUUGCCUUCAGUGCAAACUGUAUGGAAGAGCCUGACAGAUGUUUUUGUCGAACCGUCCUUUCAGAGCCUAGGCCGAUGCUUUGCCAUGGUUAAUAUACGCCUGGACCAAGAGUAAACACCAGGGAUGUGACAUUGCUGUAGUCGGGGCUGGUGUUAUACUUCUUUGCUAACCUAACAUACAAGCACUUACCAUUCAUUCCAAACUGUUAAUUACAAUGGCUGGUUUAAGUGGGAACAUGCUAUUUUUAUUAAAACUCAUUUUUUAUCAGGGAGACCUGUUUAAGAAUAAGUAGGCAGUUUUCAUAGCUUGCUGUUUUAACAACAGUGGUCACAGAGUAUAUUGGCAACACUUUAUUUUAAUGGUACAUUGAUUGCUAGAUUACAGGAGAAUUCUUGUGGAAGUUUAACAGCCACAACAGUGAUAAUGAUUGGCAUUAUUACCACAAAUACUUCUAUGAGUAGGCUGUCAUACGUUAGACAAAACUGAUCUGUAGGGUGUCACAUUGAGUUUACUGCAGUUCCACCAAGGAUCAUUUUUGGCUUCACUAUGCAGAAUGAUAAACAUAGUCCUCUGUUAUCAGCAGUUAAAGUGAAUGUGACUCAUUGCAUAAACAUACAGGGAAAGGAAUUGUUGUGUAAUUCUCCUGUAUUUGAAGGUUGGGGGGAAGCUCCCUAGAAGUUUAUCCCUUAAAAUAAGGUGUUAGCUACUGAUUUGUAACAUCAGCUAAUCUGUAUAUUUUAUUUAAUGAGAGGUUAACUUUGCUGUAUAUUUUGUACCUUUGUAAAUUACACUUGAUUGGUUUUCUUUGAUGCAUUAUUGUAUUUGAAUUCUAGUAUUUGAAUUCUAACCAACUUAUUAAGCAGCAAGAGUGAGAUGCUGCGAAAAAUAGCUUUAGAUAACUAAAUUAAUUAGAUAACUUAAGUAAAUUUUGAGUGUUACUGUGCAAUUCUAGUAUAUUAAUUAUAUAUGAUUGUGUGUAAAAGCAAAAAUUGUAAGUGUUUUCAAACACAACUAUGCAAAAGAGCUGGAAAUAUCUGUUUAUGAGAAAUGGUUUUUAUUAAAAUGGGGUAUAGUAAUGCAACCCUGCCUAUUUCUGUAUAUUAUAGGUGUGAACACUGUGAUGUUUAAAGCAAUAGACACUAUGCUAGUACUUUAACUAGGUAGCAAGCUCUUAUAGAAGGCAAGUGAGUGUAAUUGGUAUCCUUGUCUAAUUCUCCUAACCUAUUGACUUGACUCUCUGUGUUGCUUAUUUACUACUUCAAAGCCUAACCCCCCCAAAAAAACCUUUCUUUCUUCUGCACCUAAUAUGACAUUUUAAAUCAGAAUAACAGAACUUAUGCAGAGGUACCUUAAAACAUUAGCCUUCUGAUGGGCUUAUGCUGCUGUUUCCUUUAAAUACAGAUGGUAAGUUGCAAUUGUAAAAUGUUUGUAUGAUUUAGAAGGCUGUUUUCUAAAAUGAUGUCUCAAAUUUCUUAUCAAACACAAGAUAUAUAAUAAAAUAAUAAAACAUCAGCUGUUUCCCAUUUUCAACUUUUUUUUUUCAGAUUUAUCAGCUUUAAAAAAAACUUUUAAAAUGCCAAACAGCAUAGAGUACUAUGCAGCUCUUCCAAAAUAUGUGAGAGGUAAAAAAAUGGAUGAGUAUCAAUACAAUUUCACUAUUAUCAACUUCAUUUAAUGUGUUUAUAGUAGAAAAUUAUGUAUCUCUGUGUGUGAUUAAGCCCAUACAGAAUGAUUGCUUUCUCUGAAGCAGGUCUCUGCAGAAUUUUGGCAACAUUCAAAAAAAUGCUUAAUUCUUUUUACAGGCACAUGCUUUCUUUACAGAUGAAAUUGUAGAAUUGUUCUUUUCUUGCUUAUUGGCCUAUUGACGCUAGCUGACACUGCAUAUUCUUUGUACAUUAAGAAAAUCUUCGUAUAUUAAAAGUAUUUUUAGCAUUUAUGACAUUUAGAGAGGGAUUCAUAUGGCUUUCAAAAACUGGAUCUUAAUGAUUAGUGCCUAUGGAAACUUCUCUUAUUUUUUUUAUUCAGCAAGAAGUUAGCUAGUUAAAAAUGGGAAUUACUGUUUUGAAAAUAAAAAUUGGCCAGGCUAGA